AUGAAUCAAGAUCAGUUACCUUUAUAUGUUCCAGAUACUGUUGUAACAGUAGGUUCGCAUACUGCUAAGAUCGUAAAAUAUUUAGCUAGUGGUGGUUAUGCUCAAGUUUAUUCUGCAUAUGUUACUCCAGUAGAUUAUUCCCCUGCUACUAAUAUUGCUUGUUUAAAAAGGGUGGUGGUACCGGACAAGAAAAGCCUUAAUGCUUUAAGGGCAGAGGUUGAUGCUUUAAAAGUUUUGAGAAAUAAAAAAUAUGUGGUUUCUUAUAUAGACUCUCAUGCUUCCAAACACUCAGGUCAUACUGGUUCUUAUGAAGUCUUCGUUUUGAUGGAAUACUGUUCUGGUGGUAGUUUAAUAGAUUUUUUAAAUACAAGAUUAAAGAAUAGAUUAAGAGAACAAGAAAUCUUACACAUCAUGACUCAAGUAGCUGUGGGUGUUGCACAAAUGCAUGAAUUACAACCUUCUUUAAUCCAUCGUGAUAUAAAGAUUGAGAACAUUCUAAUAUCUGAAAACGGCGAAUAUAAAGUAUGUGAUUUUGGAUCUGUUUGUGGUGUGAUACGACCACCAAGGUCUUAUGAAGAGAUGAAAUAUAUACAGCAUGAUAUAAUGAAAAAUACUACUGCACAAUAUAGAUCACCGGAAAUGUUAGAUCUAACUAAAGGUUACCAAAUAAACGAAAAAUCAGAUAUUUGGGCUUUAGGUGUAUUCCUAUUUAAAUUGUGUUAUUAUACAACCCCGUUUGAGAAGGAAGGUGAAAAGGCUAUUCUAAAAUCACAAUUUCAAUAUCCUGCCUAUCCAGUAUACAGUGAUUCAUUGAAAAAUGUUAUCCGGGUACUACUAUCAGUUGAUCCAUUCAAAAGACCUAAUAUAUGCCAACUGAUAGAGGAACUAAGUAGAUUACAAGGAAUAGUCCCACCGAUGAAAAACUUUUAUUUAUCAAGAGCAUUAGAGACUUCAAGUUUGAUGCAGCCAUUGCAGAAUAACUCAUAUAAAGUGCCUAUAUCCGACAUUCAAGACAAGCAUAAAAGACAAAUUCCAAAUAUUCAAUCUUCCCCAGAAAAAUUACCAUCUAUCCAAUCUACAUCUAAUGGUAUGACAACAAACAAAAUUCUAACGAGACAAACAUCUCCUGAUAUAGAGAAUCUAAAAAGUAAAAGUUCCAGUAAUUAUUAUAAAUCAGGAAAAAAUUACGGUUCCGAAGCUAUUACAAGUGGCUCCAUUGAAAAAGAUUCACAAUUUAAUAAUUCAAAUUUAUAUUCUGAAAAGCCAAAUCUAUAUUACAGAAGUAAAGACCAAUUAGAUACAUCAAAUAGAGAAAAUUCUACUAUUAAUGACGUACCAGGCCAAAUUGAAAAAUAUGGGGAUUGGUCGUCUGUAUACAGGAAAACUCGUAAUAGUACACUGCACAUUGGUAGAUCAAGAUCAUCUUCACUCGAUUCAACAUCUUCAUCAUCGUUGUCAGUUGAAUCAUAUACUGCAGAACCACUAUCUAAAAAUUCAACCGGUAUAAGUUUAGUAAGAACUUUAAGUAAAAAGCUGAAAAAUGUUAUUACUGGAGAAAAAAGAAGUGUCUCCCCAGUUAGAUCUCGUCAGAAUACUGGUGGAAGCAGCAGGUCAGUAUUCACCGUUCUUCAUGAAGGGUUCACAGGAGGUAAUAGUAGAAUUUCAUCUUCUGAGCAUACCAUUAGAGGUCCUUCAUCUAGUUCACACAAAAGUAGGGUUUCUUCUUCAACUAAGAAUUUUGAAGAAGGAUUUAUAAGGAAACAUGUUGAUAUAGUGGAGGAAAGUGCAGAACCUAAAGUUGGUAUAAAAUUAAAAACAACCAGGGAGGCUAAAGAUUCAAUCAAGAGACGUGUACGUGAGUUAUUACUAGUAUCAGAGGAUGAACAAUAUCACAGAACAGCUUCUGGAUACGGCAAAUAUACCGAUGUUCAAGAAAUUGUGACUAACAUUAUGACGCCACUAGUAAAAUCUACCCAGAAGACACCAAUUGACUCAAAAAAUAGUUCACCUCGGAAAAAACCUAUAUUACCUGCUAAACCUCUUCAUUUGAGAUCCCAGCCAAAGCAACAGACCGCAAUUCUAGCAGGAUCAAAGGUUGGAAUUUAA